AUCAAUAUUAUUAUUAUUUUACGCGUUACAAUAUUAUUUUUAGACAGAAACAACAAUUUAUCAAUCUAUCUAUCUCUUUCUGUUCGGUUCUAAUCUCUCUUAUCUCUGUCUUUAGCCAAUGGCAAAUCUGACCUUAGAACUCAACAUUUACUCUGCAAAAGAUCUUGAAAAUGUCAACCUUAUCACCAAAAUGGACGUAUACGCCGUCGUUUCUAUCAACGGCGAUGAUUCUCGGAAGGACGAAAAAGAGAAAACUCCCAUCGAUCGAACCGGUGAAUCUGAGCCUACGUGGAACCACGCCGUUAAAUUCUCCGUCGAUCAGAGGUUAGCUUACGAAGGGCGUUUGACCCUCGUCGUGAAACUGGUCUGCGAUCGGGGGAUCUUCGGAGACAAAGAUCUCGGAGAAGUCCAAGUCCCGGUUCUUGAGCUUCUCCAUGGCUCUACGCCGUCUCCGUCGUUUAACCGUAACGGUCAGGGGAUGAUGAGAUUUGUUACGUAUCAGGUGAGAACUCCGUUUGGGAAAGGUCAAGGCUCGCUGACUUUUUCGUACCGGUUUAAUACGCCGACGUUUGAACCGGAUUCGCCGGUUUCAUCGUCGUCACCGGUUUACACGAAUCCGAUUCAUACACCUCCCGAUUUGCCAGCGACGACGACGACGACGAUGACUUAUCCUCCUCCGCCGUCGUCUGAAGCUAGUUUCUAUCCACCUCUAUCGUCAAUUGAACAUCCGCCGUCGCCUCAGCCGCAAGGAUACUCCACACCACCGUACCCGAACCCGAACCCGUAUCAGUACAAUUCUCAUUAUCCGGCACAGCCAAUCAACAUUUACCCGCCGCCUCCGUCACCCUCCGCCUCGAACAUAUAUCCUCCGCCGUAUUACAGUACUUCUCCGCCGCAGCAUCAAUCGUAUCCGCCGCCUCCCCGUCAUUCGUACCACCAAACGCAACCGACACAUUCAUUUCACGGGUACGCGCCGUCGUCUCCGCAGAAUCAUCACGGGUACGCGCCGUCGUCUCCGCAGAAUCAUCACGGGUGUAUUUAUCCUCCGCCUUCACCGUCUACGCAUAAUCGACAUGGGUGUGUUUAUCCUCCGUCACCACCGACAACAAGAUACGGAUACGGUAGUCCGACAACGACAACGCAAGGGCCGCAGAAGAAUAAUAAUAAAACAGGGCUUGGGCUUGGAAUGGGAGCUGGGCUUCUGGGAGGAGCAUUGGGUGGGCUCUUACUCGGCGAUUUAGUGUCUGACAUUGGCUUUGAUUUGUAAUAUACUCAUUUUUUAUUGCUGUAAACAAAACAAAAAAGCCAAAAGUACAAUUUUGAUUACAAAUAAUGUCGGGUCCAUAACUCAGUAAAAUCUAUAUUAACAUUUUUGAAAUACAUUUAGUGUUUUAUU